GCCAGCCGCCGGUGAGCGGAGCGGUGGAGAAGAAGAAGAAGCGUCCGUUAGCACAGGUGUGUUAGCCGCCGGAGCCGCGGCGGGCUGAGGUGAAUGUCUCACCCAAACAUGCAUGAAUAUUUCGCGGAGGAGGUCCUGCGUCGAGCGGCGAGGACCGACGCCAAAACGUCUCUGAAAAAAGGCCUGAAGCUGAUUUGUCUCCGAGCCGUCGGCCGGAGCUUCGCUGCUCUGGACAUGAAGGCUGUCCUCGAGCUCCCGGUGUUGCUCUUAAAGGAUCUCUUACCUCACCUGAACAUCGUCCACCUGGCCCAGCUGCAGCCAGCCCUGAAGCUCAAAGGAAUAUCUACCCACUCUGCCUGGGUGACGAUCCUGCGAGACAUUAAGGGACAUUACAGUGUGCGGAACAUACGCACGGAAGAAGAGUGCAAACAAGAAGCCAUCGACUCGUUCUUUCAAUUUAUUUUCUACGGCAUCAACCACAGGUGCGUUGCCAGAUACAUCUCCAACAUGAGCAUCGGCUCCCUCCUGCUGGCCGUGGCCAAACACGUCAGGCGUUUCUGUCUGCGGCCCUCCCGCUUUCUGCAGAGUCUGACGGCCGAGCAGAGGCCUCUCUUGCUCGUCCUGGAGGAGAGCGUCCGAUGUGUCACGGUGAAGCAGCACAUCGACCUGCUGAAGAGUGACUCCCAGUGCGCCAUGUUUGUCCUGCACCGCCUGCUGGACCACGGAGAACCUAAAGAACUUAUCGUGUAUGAUCAAGACCUUGAUUUCUUGUUGUGGGUUCUUCGGGGGAGGGGGUCUCUCUAUCAGCCGAAGCAGAGCCAGGGCAGAGAGGCGUGCUGGAUCUCAGACUCCGCCACGACGGCGGGCGAGGCCGGCACUCCACCAGGACCUGAGACACCGAGUCCUGACACUGACGACGACUACAGCACGCCGUGCAAGUCUCUAAAACUGGAACCUCUGUCUGAAGAAACGGACCGAUCAGGAACACCAGCGCCCCCCGCAGACCCUCAGGCUUGUUUUGAGAACCUGAGACGCUCGGUGGCCUCUUGUCCUCGGAGUCGCCUUGAGUCGCUGCAGAUCAGGGAGUGCGGCCCGGGCGUCCUCAGCAUGCUCGCAUCCUUCCUGCCCUCGUGGUCGUGCCUUCGCUCUCUGAGUCUGCAAAGCUGUGCGACCUUCAACAACACGGAGGUGCUGAACCUGGUGCUGUCCCUGCAGCAGCUGUACCAGCAGCCCGACUCGUCCCUGACUCACCUGAACGUCGGCGUCCUGCCUCACGCUCGCACCAUCGAGAUGCUGCUGCACAGGAGCAGCGGCCUGCGCUCGCUGACGCUGGAGGUCCUUCCCAUGCCGCUGCAUCCUGCAUCAGAGCAGAGCUUCGUCGCCGAGGCGGCCACUUCAACAGAUCUGCCUCUGGAGGAGCUGUCCGUCAGAGUCCCUCAGGUCACCAUGAGUCUCUGCAGCGUCCUCGUCGGGUUGAGACGCUGUCCGUCGCUCAAGUCACUUCACAUCUCAGGGAUCAGACUUCCUAUUGGCCGCUCGCACCGGGAGCUGCUCACCUGCGUUUCAGUGUCCAAUCAGCGCCUGAAGAGGCUGAGCCUGGAGGACGUCCAGCUGGCCGACUGUCUCCCACAGAUCCAGACUCUGCUGAGCUCCUGCACGCUGGAAGAGUUGUGGUUGAGGGACUGCCGGCUCCUGGAGAAGUGCAGCAGCAAGGCGUCGUGUCUGCAGCAGCUGGUCGACUCAGUGAAGAGGUCGUCGUCUCUCCGCUCGUUCAGCCUCGCUCAGAACCGCCUCGCCGAGAGCGUCGCUGUCCUGUCUGAGCUCUUCACAGGACCGGCGCCCAGCCAGCUGACCAAACUGGACAUCAGCUCCAACUUCAUCCAGCCCGCUGACCUGCUGCACUUCACUUGGCUGCUGGAGAAGAACCGCCCGCCGCAGAGAGUGACCCUCGACCUGCGGAGGAACCCGUCGGACCGGGACCCCGAGCUGUGGUGCACGGCGCUGAGCCGCCUCCGCCUUGUCUGCGACUUCCUGGUGAACGAGUGGACGUUGACGGACCCGAUGGCAGACCACGUCAGCAACAUGUGAACGUGUUGAAAUUUUCAACUGAACUGUGCUCUUUUGCCCGUUAAUGGAGUUUGUACCUGGACCUGUGGUGGAAGUGAAGCUGCCUUCAUGAAGACAUUAGUUCAUGUUUUUGAGCACUUUUUUCCACUGGUGCUAGUAAAAGUGGGAUCAUUAAGUGAGUCGCUCACAAUUCUUUAUUGUUUUCUCUUUUAUGUAAAAUAAGGAACAGAAAAAUGCAGAUGUAAGAAGCAAUAAAUAAGUCAGUAUUUACACGGACAGCAGGUGGAGGGUCUGCUAUAAAACACCCUUCUGAUCCUCGUGAGAGCGCUGGUGGAAAACAAAGGAGACGGCCGCAUCCCAUGAUGCUUUGAGCACCGCAUCCCUCAGGCCCUUCUUGUCGGCGCAGUGGUGCCACUGUGAAAGGUCACUGGUGCAGUCGGCGUCGUCCGCAGGAGGCCGGACCUCCCUGCCGUUAACACACCGCCGACAGCGAAACCUGGCAACAGGAAGACAGAAGACUUCUUAGAUACUUUCUGUGCACACUUUACUUUUACCUCUAUUUUCAGAGGCUUUUUCCUGACAAAUAAUGAUACUGAGCAAACCAAUAAUAUAUUGAUAUCAGCAUUCAAAACCUCAACUCAAACUUCAGUCCGUUCUGCAGAACUCUGAUGUUUAUGUCAUUAAAGGAAUGCUCCAUGUUCACUUCC